AUGACACCUCCCUCUGGAAUGCAUGGUGCGCCUUCGGUAAGUAGAAGAAUGCUGCGACUUCCACUUCACUUAAACGUUGUUGCCGCGGCUAUUAUUGUGGAGAAGAAGACCGGUUUGAAUAGAUUCGCUGGAGUUCGCUGGAAUUCAUUGGAGAUUACUGUACGUAAAGCAGUUGAAACGAUUGUUGACAAUUCUGACGUUGCAAGUAUCAUUACAAUUAUAGACGUUGACAAGUAUAAAGAAAGCCGAAAACACAGUUUGUGUACUUUAUCACAGGAAUCGAAUAGUCAAGAAGAAGACAUAGGUAUGAAUAGCAUGAGCGAAAAUAACGAUGGCCAUUCAUUUGGUGAAGAGAUAUUAGGAAGCAUACCGCAUGAAGCCAAGUGCAACAACAACGCUAUUCAAUCAAGGAAAUUAAUUGAUGCAUAUGGUCCCACGUACCGCGACGCCAUGAACUUACCAAUAAGUUCUUGA